AUGGUGUGGAAACGCCUAUGGCCGGUGGUGAAGUAUCGAGUCUGGACUCUUUCUGACUGUUCACUCCGAGACGGCAUGGUACCACAUCAGUGGAGGGGUGCCAAGAUCAUCCCGCUCGGGAAGCCAGACAAAGGAGACUACACGGUAGCCAAAGCCUGGCGACCAAUAUCUCUCCUGUCAACACUAGGCAAAAUAAUGGAAGCAGUUGUCGCAGAACGGAUUUCAUAUGCAGUCGAGACCUGCGGACUCUUGCCCGCGAACCAUUUUGGAGCAAGGAAAAGACGGUCAGCCGAGCAAGCGCUCUUGCUUCUGCAGGAACAGAUAUACAAAGCAUGGAGGGCUGGCAAGGUGCUUAGCCUUAUAAGCUUUGACGUGAAAGGCGCUUACAACGGAGUGUGCAAAGAACGGCUGCUGCAAAGGAUGUUAGCAAGAGGCAUACCAGGCGGUCUGGUCCGAUGGACGGACGCCUUCUGUUCCGGCAGAACUGCUUGCGUAGUAGUAAAUGGACAUAUGUCGGAACGAAGAGAGCUGUCUCAGUCCGGUCUGCCUCAGGGAUCACCACUUUCGCCGAUCUUGUUCCUGUUCUUCAACGCAGAUUUAGUGCAAAGAAAGAUCAACGCUAAUGGUGGCUCGAUCGCCUUUGUGGACGACUAUACGGCUUGGGUGACCGGGCCAACGGCAGAUGACAACCGGGCUGACAUUCAAUCCAUCAUUGACGAUGCCCUCAUGUGGGAGGCACGCAGCGGCGCAACAUUUGGGGCAGAUAAAUCCGCAGUCAUUCAUUUCACAAGGACUGCUGCUCGUUCCAGUGACAAGCCAUAUCUGAUCAAAGGAAAGGAACUAAAACCACAAGAUAGUGUAAAGAUUUUGGGGGUAAUCAUGGACGCGAACCUGCGAUACAAAGAACACACGACUAGAGCAGCUGCCCAAGGCCUCAAGGCUGCCAUGUGUCUAAGAAGAUUGAAGAUGGUUUCACCUCGAACGACUGGACAACUCUUUGUGUCGACAGUCGCACCUGUUAUGGACUACGCGUCGAAUGUGGGGAUGCACUCCUGCGGCCCGCAGGAACUGGCAUGGCUAAAUAGAGUGCAGAUGGUUGGUGCACAGGCGAUUACAGGAGCUUUCAGCAAAGUUGCCACAGCAGUGGCCGAAGCAGAGGCCAGUAUUCAAACAGUGCAGGAGCGACACACUCAAGCACCAACAAGGCUCUGGGUUGACGUUUGGACACUUCCGCAAACACAUCCACUGACAAGAUCGAAAUACAAAGCUAAGAGACAUUUCGUCUCGCCCAUGCAGAAAAUCGCCAUAACGAUGGCAAAGACUAACACGGAACGCCUGGAAACAAUCCACGAAUAUGCAGUACCACAAUGGAGCGAUCGCAUACCUGUAGUGGGCGAGCAUUAUGACUAUGUCAAAACGGACAAGACACCAAACAAUGUAGAAGGAAUCAUCAUCGUUACGGCCUCCUCGCAAAACGGAACACAGUGGGAAUGGGAGGCGUUGUGCGUGACACAACGAUCAAUAGCGCUGGCGAGGUGCUGGCUAACUACUCCGUCACCAUUGGAACACGGGGAUGAGCAGAAUCCGUACACAGCGGAACUGGCAGCUAUUGCGAUGGCGCUUAAAUGUAUGCCUUCAGGACUUCAUCAUCGGGAUCUGACUGUAAUGACAAGCAACCGAUCGGCACUACAAGUCAUCCGCCGACCACGGCAACAAUCGGGCCAGUGCACCAUAUGUCAGAUAUAUGAACGCACUCAAUAUCUCCAAAGGAGAAGGUGCUCUGUUUCGCUAACGUGGGUGCCGGCGGGGGAUCAAGAUUUUACACUUGGAUCGACCGCCAAGGCGGCAGCGAAGAGAGCCGCAAUGUAUGAACCACUGAAUGAACGACCAUACCAAGCUAGAUCGACAAAGCUACGACUGGCCAAACUGGACCAACAGCAACUAAGAGCUCCCGGAGGGAGUUGGGAAGUACUCGAAACGAAUUGA